UAGACGUCAGGACAGAUAGAGGGAGUGAGAAAGAGGACAUUUUGUAAAGAGAGAGAUAGAGAGAGAGAGAGAGAGCAAGCAAGAGAGAAAGAGAGAAAGAGAGAGGAGGUGGAGACACAUACAUACCUAUACAAGUGUUCAGUGUAGAAAUACAGGCCUUCCCGUUCAUACUCAAUAUAACGUUCAUUCUCGUCAGGAUUAUUAUCGGUCGGACAUCUGGGAUUCCGUUGGUCCAUUUGAACGGUUUAUUUUGUUCGUUUCCGUUACGGUCUCGUCGGGUUUCUGUUUGGUCUUUAGUGUCUGGCUAGCGAGCACAGCUAACCGCAGCUAGCCGGAUAAAUCUCCUCUUUUCUCGGCCUCAGGAGCCCAGUAUACACACAGAAUGGCAUUAAAACGAAUUCACAAGACACCCUCAUCAUCAAAGAAACCUCUGACCUCUACUUCCUGUAUGGUCACAUGCUCACAUGCACAGGAGCUGACUGAUCUGGGCCGGGACCCCCCAGCGCAGUGCUCAGCAGGGCCAGUUGGAGAUGACUUGUUUCACUGGCAAGCAACAAUUAUGGGACCUAAUGACAGUCCAUAUCAAGGGGGUGUGUUUUUCUUGACCAUUCAUUUUCCUACAGACUACCCUUUCAAACCACCUAAGGUUGCAUUCACCACAAGAAUUUAUCACCCAAAUAUUAACAGUAAUGGCAGCAUCUGUUUGGAUAUUCUAAGGUCUCAGUGGUCUCCUGCGUUAACUAUCUCUAAAGUUCUAUUGUCCAUCUGCUCACUGUUAUGUGAUCCAAACCCAGAUGAUCCAUUAGUGCCAGAGAUAGCACGUAUCUAUAAAACAGACAAUGAAAAGUAUAAUAAACUAGCCAGGGAAUGGACAGAGAAAUAUGCCAUGUUAUAGGGGUUAAGGUACAACAGAAUAGCUCGGGAAUGGACUCAAAAGUACGCCAUGUGAUACCUGAGGAACAUCAGACCAAUCUGCAGUAUAGCUGGAAAAAAAAUUUGACAACUUUUUUUUUUUUUUUUUUUUCUCUUCCCCUCAAUGAAUUGACAGUUCCCCAUGUAUUCAGACUAUUUCAGUUCUGCUUGGUUAUUUUGACCCCCUUCAACCUUCAUUCACAUGCUGUAAAAAAGACCACAAUAUUGCAAAGAUCACCAACUUUUAUGUUCAGAAAAAUGCUCGUGUCAAAGAAGCAUGUUUUAACUACGAGCUCAGACCUUUUUUAUUGAAAUAAGAAAAAGAAAACAUAACUAAGGUGAAACCAUCGAACGCUUCUGACUCACGACACUGGCUAGAGGUGCUAUUUAAGAAAAAGAAACAACGAUUCUGCAGGUGCCAGCGUACCUCUCAAAGUCGAUCUUUUGCUCGGUUGGCCUUCAUGUUUUUAUAUGCUUUUACAAUAGCAAUGAGAAGAACUAUGGUCUGUGAAAUAUAUUCUUGCUUAUAUCUGACUGUUUCUUACCAAAUCAGUCACGUCAUUGUAUCAGCAGUUACGGAAAAUAUAUAUUUUGCAUGUUAAUGGAACAAUUAAAGUAAUUGGUCUGUGGUCUGCCAAAAAUGAAUAUCUGCAGACGAUGUUAAGCGAAUACAUGUCCACUUUUAGAGUCUGAGAACUUAUUUUGUUACUCCUUUUCUCUCCUCUUUUUGAUGUUUUUAGAAUGGGAAGCUAUUAGUUUGUCUAUCCUCCUAAACACUGUUCUCUCAUUGCACUGAAUAUAUGUGAUUGGAAGCUCUCAAUGGAUGACCGAUCAACUAAUAGCUCGACUAGCUGUUCAUUUUGUUUGCUCAAUAAAGUUGCUAAACUAUCA